ACAACAACGAGGGAACCCAACCGGCCACUGCUUCCGUAUCACGCUUUGCGACAUAAUUUAAAAUAGAGUUAAUACAUUAAUCUAACCCCGGUUUUAAUUAAUCUGAAGAGAUGUCUGGAAUACCACCGGAUUCUUGGCAGCCACCCACUGUAUCGUUGGAAACAACAAUGGGAACUAUCGUGCUGGAACUGUACUGGAAUCACGCACCAAAAACCUGCAAGAAUUUCGCAGAGUUGGGCAGAAGAGGAUAUUUCAACAACACAAAGUUCCAUCGCAUCAUCAAAGACUUCAUGGUUCAAGGGGGCGAUCCAACUGCAACAGGUCGUGGAGGUGCAUCUAUAUAUGGCAAGCAGUUUGAGGAUGAAUUGCAUCCAGAGUUGAGGUUCACUGGUGCUGGAAUUCUUGCAAUGGCCAAUGCGGGACCAGAUACAAAUGGAAGCCAAUUCUUCAUAACAUUGGCUCCCACACAGUGGCUGGAUGGGAAACACAGUAUUUUUGGACGGGUCUGCCAGGGCAUUGGAGUUCUUAAUCGAAUUGGCAUGGUUGAAACCAAUAGUCAGGACCGGCCUGCAGAUGACAUUCAAAUUCUCAGAGUGACUUUACCCAACUAAGAAUUAUGCUUGCGUAACAUUUUCUGCCUCAUUUUUGUACAGCCAUUUUAUUACAUUAAACUUUCAGGGUUUCAUAAUUAAAACACCAGAGAAAAUAUUUUGUCAUUUUGUAUUCUGAUGUCAGUAAUUAUUAUUCUUACUGGUGCAAAAUCAUUUUUUUAAACUGCAUAUCCCAUCCUACAGUUGUUUUUCUUUUCUUUUUUCUGCAUCUAGAUAUUAAGGUGGGUGAAUUGGCUCCUUCAUUUUACCAGUACAAGUCCAUGGCCACAUGGUGGUGUCAUAUGGAUGAGAAUUUGGGUUACUUAGAAAGAAACGGUUAUGUUUGGAUUCCUCUACAUAUU